AGCCUUUAUGCAAUGCCACUGAAAACCUACCUUCCUUGCUAAAUUAAAGCUGUAUUCCUUUAGACACAUUGUUUCCCAUAUCGGUGGUACCUUUAAUUGGUUGAUUCUUGCUUCUGAACCCCGCCUCGGCAAUGACAGAGUCGGAUGAGGAGCUCAGCCCUCUUAGUAGCGAAGGUGACCUGUUGUCAUGGUCAUCUGACGACGAGGAUAUAGAUAAAGCCAAUGGGCUGGAUGGCGUUGAUGAAGAAGCGGACCAGACCGAAGGCGAUGACGCGGACGGAGAAGGCAACACUGGCGCCGGGUUACCAAUUGGCAGUGGCGCAGCGCUUGGUCUCCUUAACAUGCAGCCACCUGGAGCGUACCUAGAGGACGUGUCACCGAAGCAGCGUCAUCAGCUAUGGGCUCCGCAAGACGUCGGCCGUUGCGCGGAAGCCAACAGAAGGCUGUCGUCACGGCUGAUGACGGCGUGUCAUGCUCUUGCCCGUUGUUCUCGGCCAACGGCAUGUGCUGCCAUGCAGCGUUGGCCUCGAUAGCACGGUCGCAGGACGAGGAGCAGGAGGUUGAUGAGGAGAUCGUACGAGAGGCGGUACUAGCCGGGAGCGUAAGCACCUUUGACUCACCUCUCGAGCGCCCUAGCACAUGCAGUGACCCACCGCCCGAGCUGGAACGUGUGAUUGCUAUUGGGAGGCAGGAGGCAGCUGGUCUGCGGUCAUUGUGGAGUGCUCCAAACCGCUAUCGUGGGAGGACGCUUAUGCGGACUGGUGGUGCUGUUCUGGGAAAGCCGCCGUACCUUCGCCUGCUCAACACGUGCAAUGAGCUCGGCGAAAAGAAGGGGGCCGCACUCCCUCUUGCGACACAGCGGCUAAUUGAGCAGCAGCUAAGGGGCAUUAGGGACCUGUUGCAGCAAGGGGAGCCCGCUGCGGACGCUGUGGAGGAGGAGGACGGUUGCUCUAGCGACGUAUCAGUGGACAAGCGUUCCAGGCGGGUCCUUGUUACCCCCGAGCCACGCUCGAUUGGAAGUGCUUACCGGCGCACCCCUACAGACCGCACUACAAAGCAGCUGUACGACCCCAACCGUCGGCGAUCCAAGCGACGCAGUGACAGCGAGGGCCAUCUUCCUCCAUUUGAUGUGUUCUCUUCCUGACCCUCCCAAUUCCCUUCCUUCCGUUCUGUACCUCCCUAUCUUGUCCCCCUUACAGUGCCCAAACCCCGAGUGCGCCAACGCGCACCCCGGCCCUGGUGGGCUUAUCAUCCAAGAGAAGGAUUGGACACUCGAGAGGGGGAAUGUCAAGGGGCACUACGUCACCUGCAAGCACUGCGAGGACCGCCCCAUCCCGGACGUCACCGGACAGGACAGGAGGAGCUGCUUCUUCCGCACUACGACUGGGACCUUUGCCACCACCGUGCACGAUGCGGCGGAGCACUUCGCGAGCUGUGUCGACCCGCAGGACCCCGCCCUGGCGUGGAUCCGUGGGGCUGCCCCUCCCAGCCGCCCGAGCAGCCGCGGUCGCUCAGCCAGUAGGGACCGCUCAACCAGCCGCGGCCGUGCGACCAGUCGUGCACGGGGCACCAGCGCCGGUGGCUCAUCGCGCUCUGGAAGCGCCAAGCGCCAGCGGGAGGGGGAGCCGUCCGAGGAGGAGUCGCUAAUUCGCCUCCAGGAGGCACAGCAGAAGUUCCGCGACAUGGAGCUACAGGUCAAGACGGCGUCAGAGGAGGAGGCUACCAAGCGCGUGGCGAAGACCAAGGCCACCCUGGACCUCAAGGCGGCCACUCAGAAGACGGCCGCCCUCACGCGACAGGCGAGCAAGGCGGAGAAGGAGCUGGAGGCGGCCAAGAAGGCGCGUGAGAAGUACGACAAGAUUGAGAGCAUCGACAUGACUGCAGCGAGUGAGGGGGAGGGCGAGGGAGAGGACGAGGGCGAGGGUGUGGGCGAGGGGGAGUGCGAGGAGGGAGAGGGACGCUUGGAGCUGUGAGCGAAUAUUCGGGGGUGUGGGAGAUGCGUGGAUAUGCAAUGUGUGGUUAAAUGUGUGGAUACGCAAUCGUGGUGUGUCAAUGUCGUAUAGUGGACCAGUUUAACAGUUCAAGGUGUUUGUUUCGUCUUCGUCUUGUUGUGUUGUGCUAUGGUUGAAACCUGUGGCAUGUGAAGCGAGCGCGCGCUUGGAUGGACAAGACAACGGUGACAGGAUGUAAGGUUCAUGGGUUUGCUGUGUCGGCUGGCUCCGGCAUUUGCUGUUGCUAUUCCGUGUGCUCGCAUAUGCCGAACGCAGCUCGUUCGCUCCUACGAUACUCG